AUGUACAUAAAUACCUAUGGCGCCAGACAGCAUCUCCAACUCCCGCCAUUGCAAGCUGGCGCCAUGAAACAGCAAGAUACCCACCCAAGUCCGACAGCGACUUUGGAUGAGCUGGACAUCCGUGGCGAGCGGCUCAGAGAGCGCGUGGACCUGAACUGCUCUCAAGCAUGGGAACUCAAACAAUCGCUUGACGGCCUGGAGCCCCCAUUACAGAUGUCAACCCAAGCGACCUUCUUCAAUGCGGACCAAGAACCUCCAUCAUCAGCUUCUGUUACCACCUUGAUGGCCCUGCAGUUCAACAAAAGAAUUUGCUGUGAAAUACCUCUGAUUACGCCCAAGAUUCAGCCAAAGCUUCCUGAAGCCGUCAAGGGCAAUCCGCUCCACAAACUUGCUCCCGACCGCGACCCCAAUGUCGCGAAGGCAACGGCCCCCAUUGGCCUGAACCUCUCAUCUGCUCAAAUAAUUGAUUUGCCCCCAGAGGGGCGAUUCCGCCCAUCAGAUCUUGUUCAUCCUCAAUCCGGCCCUGAACCCUGCAAAGGAAAACAAGCAAGAUCUUGA